UUAGAACUCAAAAACAAAACAAUGUUUGUGUCCACGUAGGUCGGAAGGAACAUUGAAACAAAAACAAAAAUGUCACAAAGACAGAGAAAGAGAUCCAACAUUGGAUUCAUAUUCAUGUUCAUGUCUUCUUCUUCUUCCAUCUUCAUGUUAAUUCUCUCCAAACCCCAUAAUUGAACCUUCAUUUGUAUGUGAUGUAAAGUUUGGUUGAUUUGGCUUGUUGGUUAGAAUUUCUUAUUAGUGUUGUCAUAGUAACACUCUUGGCUUUUGUAAAUAAUCCGAGAUUCAUCGAGAUAAAGAUUUGGAUGUGAAACUGUGUACAGGAUUUGUUGUUACAGAUAGUAUCUACAGAUUUAUCUUCAUUGUAUUGGUUAUAGUGGAAUUUUUAUAGGAUGUUGAGUGUGUUGAAUUGAAAACUUAGGUGUUAUUAGGGAGGAAAAAUUCGACAUGAAUUUGUGGUUUUCGGCUGUAAAUUGUGAAAAGAGUUAGCAGCUUGAUUGAGUUGCUGAGAAACUGUUGUUAUGGCUUUAAAUAAGACAGGAAAAUUGCUAGGUAACAACACCGGAGACGAGCAUGGUUUGUUUCCGCAAUACACCCAACCAGAAGUAUGCAGCAGUGCUGCAAAUGUACAUAAUAAUAUCCCUAAACAGGUAGGGGGGAAAAUUUCUGCGAGUAAUGUUCGUGAUGGAGUUGGUGGUGGAAGAGUUCUUGACACAUCUCGAAAUCGUGAGAGUAGGUUUGGGUUGAAUAGGGAGAACGGACAUGUGAGAUACGAAGAUCUUACCAAUAUUUUAGGGUUGAAGAGAAUGGACUCUGAAAGUUUUUCUGAUAUAAGCAAUUUUAUCCCUAACAAACAGCCAGCAGCACAAGAGAUAGAAAACGGUGUUUCUCCGAACAUUUUAAGCAAAACUCAAAAGGGAGACGGCGAAAACAGUGGCCUUGGUGCAUUGAGGAAGACCUUUAGUGAAACAAUUUGCGACAAAACCGGUACUAGACAAGGUGUAUCAUCGCCCAUUUACAGACAUGAAAGAUCUCACUCCAAUGGGUUUUCCGGUUCUGGAACUUUAGACGAUUCUUUGUCUGGUGGGAAAAUGAAGUUUCUUUGCAGCUUCGGCGGAAAAAUAUUACCAAGGCCAGGUGAUGGUAAACUCAGAUAUGUUGGUGGAGAAACUCACAUUAUAUCUAUUCGAAAUGAUAUUUCGUGGCAAGAGCUUAUGAACAAGACUUUAGGUAUUUGCAGUCAGCCUCACACGAUAAAAUACCAACUUCCAGGGGAAGAUCUCGAUGCUCUAAUAUCUGUUUCCUCUGACGAGGAUCUUCAAAAUAUGAUAGAGGAAUACCAUGGACUUGAAAGUCGUGAAGGUUCUCAGAAACUUCGAAUAUUUUUAGUUCCUCUCGGUGAAUCUGAAGAGUCACCGUCAGCCAAUGGAAACACCGUUCUUCAGAAUGACCCUGAUUAUCAAUACUUUGUUGCUUUAAACGGCGUAAUAGACCAUAGUCCUAAGAAAAACAUCAGUGGACCGAGUUUGAUCAACGAAGCAAAUCAUUCAGCGAAAACUUUCAAUUUCACCCCAACAGUUACCUCUUCUCCUUUGGAGAUCAGGGAUGGUAAUGGUGGUAUGAAUGCUUUAAACCUUCAAAGUCCGUUGCGAAUUUCUCCUACUCCAGUUCAAGUUGCAGGUUCUAGUACAGGUUAUAUUCAAUUGCUCGGUAACAACUCAUGCCAGGGAAGUAUUGACAGCAAUGCGUCAUUUGUUACCGCUCAGAUACACUCCGGAAACUCGAGCAUUAACACUGCUGAUUGCAGAUACCCUCAACAACCAUCUGUUACUUUGGUAAGUGACUGCCAUCCUCGUCAACACGGCAAUGUUGGUCAGCCCAAUAAUCUCAAUGGACAGUAUUUUGACAACUACAGUAGUGUAUAUGUUAGCCAAAGUAAUGGUUACGGUGAUGAAGCUCUCGGUGGAACUUUGCAUAAGGAUACAAUAUUCUACUCUGGAAAUUCAAUCGCUCAACAGACGGAAUCUUAUGGAACUAAUAAUGAUCCGCCUCAUGGGAUGCCUCAUGCUUUUUCUGAUUCGCAGUUGCAUGAAAGUGGAGCAAAGUCUGGUUACUGCUCACAAGAAGGAAUUACUCCAUCUCUCUCCUUGAAUCUUGAAAAGUCCCAAUUAUCUUCGUUGUUAGGUGUCUCGCAAGUGAAUCUCACGGAGGGUCAACACGAUCCCUUUCUCUAUUAUCCUCAAAUACAAAGUAAGAUACCGAAUGUGGAGUCGACUGAGAUGCACAGAUGGCAAGAUGCUGCAUCUUCUUCCUACUCAGAAUCAGUAAGAACGGAUGAUCGUAUUAAUGAGGACAGCAUUUUAUUUGAAAAAAACACCUUAAGUGGAUCUGGCUUUGUAGAAAAGGACGUGCGGGAAAAUUCUUUGAAACCAGAAAGGAUGAUGAUAAAUGAAGAAAAGAAUCCCAUUCUUAAGAAGGAUUACAAGGUUUAUGAGGGAAAUCCAACUGUUGAUUAUAUGAGUGAAUUGUAUCUUCUGGAUACAUUCCCUACUAAUAACGUAAGUGCUAAGAUUGGUAUGCAAAAUAAUUGGGAACAACCUUGUGUGGACACGAAUCCUUUGUCAUCUGGCAUGAUGGGAUUCUCGCUAAAUAACCUUACAGACAAGACCCCGUCUGAUCUUCAUAACAUCACAAGUGAUGGAAGAAACAUCGAUUUUUCAGCCAGAAACAUCGAUUUAAAUUCUCCUAUCCCAAAAUGUGCAGAAAGCCCGUGUGACGAAAGUUCUGAAGGAGAUCACAUGUUCAAGUUUUCCUUUGAUCCACAUUCUCUUAAAUCUGCUCAAAAUCAGCCUUCUCAGAAUCAGAUCGGUACAGGUUUUCACGAUAACCCAGCAAUAAACUCUGAAAGUUUGUAUCCUGCUGUACUUCGUGAUGAUGUCCGUCCAUGUUUGAACUUGCCGGUUGAUGGCCUGGAUAAUUCAAACAAGAAUAUAUCUUUUGUAAAGGCACCUUCGUUUCUCGAUGACUUGAUUACAAGCAUUGAUCAAACGGUUGAUCAGUUUAAACAUGAACAUUCUGCCUCUGGACUGUCAAAAGUUGAAGGUGUAAUUUUAGAACAAUCAAAAAAUUUAGAAAGGUGUAAUGAUGCAAACCGAGUGGAGCCGUUUCUUGUAGUAGAUGAUGUAACCGGUGUUGUUCCUUCACGUCCUAAGUCUUCACCAGUACACACCUCGCAUGAUUUUGAUGAAGUUGGAAGCGAUGUAUCUCCAUCUCAUACAGAAGUAGAGAGCACCGUUCCAGAGUCUGAUCCUGAGGAUUUUAAAGACGACCAAACCGACGUGAAUGACUUCCUUUCUGAUGCAAUGAUAGCAGAAAUGGAGGCCAGCAUAUAUGGUUUGCAGAUAAUUAGGAAUGCUGAUCUUGAAGAACUUAUGGAGUUGGGAUCUGGUACCUAUGGAACUGUUUAUCAUGGAAAAUGGCGAGGAACCGAUGUAGCCAUCAAGAGAAUUAAAAAGAGCUGCUUUGCUGGAAGAUCUUCUGAGCAAGAACGGUUGGCACGAGAUUUCUGGAGAGAGGCACAGAUCCUGUCAAAUCUUCACCAUCCCAAUGUGCUCGCAUUUUAUGGUAUCGUACCGGAUGGUGCUGGUGGAACCUUAGCAACCGUAACAGAAUAUAUGGUUAAUGGUUCCCUUAGGCAUGUUCUUGUCAAGAACUACAGAUUACUAGAUCGCCGUAAAAAGCUUAUAAUUGCCAUGGAUGCAGCCUUUGGUAUGGAAUAUUUGCACUCGAAGAAUAUCGUACAUUUUGAUUUGAAGUGUGACAAUUUGCUCGUCAAUCUAAGGGAUCCACAACGACCCAUAUGCAAGGUUGGAGAUUUUGGAUUAUCAAGAAUUAAACGUAAUACCCUUGUAUCUGGUGGUGUGCGAGGAACCCUUCCAUGGAUGGCACCUGAGCUAUUGAAUGGUAAUAGCAGCCGGGUUUCAGAAAAGGUUGAUGUUUUCUCGUUCGGCAUCUCCAUGUGGGAGUUAUUGACAGGAGAGGAACCUUAUGCAGAUAUGCACUGUGGUGCCAUUAUUGGGGGCAUUGUAAAGAACACACUUCGACCACCGAUUCCAGAACGAUGUGAUCCUGAAUGGAGGAAACUUAUGGAAGAGUGUUGGUCACGUGAGCCCGAAUGUCGGCCAUCUUUCACCGAGAUUACAGGCAGGUUAAGAUCUAUGUCUAUGACCCUUCAAGGAAAGGGAAAUUAUCAGGCAUGGCAGUUGAGACCUAGUAAUGACCUUUGAUUGUAUAUAAUGUGGUUAAGAAAGCAUUCAAGACUAGGAUUGACAUGCUUUGAGGGUUACCACAACCCUUACCUAUUGUUUAUUGUGAUUUAUAUUAGUUAUUAUAUAUCCAUUUGUUUAUUCUUUCUUGUAAAAGCUGAGGUUGAGAUCAUUUAUGGUUUAGUUGUUUAGAUAUAUCAAUUUUGUACUUGGUUCAUGAUCCAACAUUUUGAAAAAAGAUAUGUAUACUUAGAAAAAAUGUAUUUAGUAUAUAUGUACACAAACAACAUUGCUUGUAAUAUAUGUUUGUUUAGCUUAA